GCUGGUGACCGGAGGAAGUCAUACAUGCGCCAAAAUGGCGGAGUUAGCUGUAAGUCAGUAAACAAGAAAACCUCCUAACGUGAUAAUAGAAAAAUAUUCUCCUCAUUUUGUUUCUCACUAUCGUUCGCGUCUGUUCAUCUGAACUCAUGGCGAGUACGCUGGACUUCAGGACCCACGUGGACCAGUCCUGCAGGUACUCAGAGGAGUUUGUCAACAUUUACUACGACUGCAUGGACAAGAAAAGGAGGAACUUGACCCGACUCUACCUUGACAAGGCAACGUUGGUGUGGAACGGCAACGCGGUGUCAGGACACGAUGCUCUGGGCGAGUUCUUUGAGUCGCUGCCAUCAAGCGAGUUCCAAGUGCAUACGCUGGACUGUCAGCCAGUUCACGAACAAGCGACUCAAGGCCAGACGACACUGCUCGUGGUCACUGGUGGGACCGUCAAGUUUGAAGGGAACAAACAGCGUUUCUUCAACCAGAACUUUCUACUGACAGCUCAGGCGUCGACCAACAAUGACCAGCCUGUUUGGAAAAUCGCUAGUGACUGUUUCCGAUUUCAGGACUGGAACAACUGAGGGCUUCUCCUCGUCUACGCCUAACAUUUGAACAGUCAACAGGCAGAACACUGAUAAUUGAUAUGCUGUUUUUGUUUACUUUUUUGUAAUAAAAUAAAUAAUAGGCCAUGCCACAGAUUACGAAAAGGAUGUUUAUUUUUCGAAAUGUUGAACAAGGCAUGUGAUCAAAAUGAAGUAAUAAAUACAAACAGGAUCACUGUACAACCAUC